AUGGCUCGUCUAAAUAUAGCAAAACGAAAUAUUUUGAGAAAGAAGGAAUUGGUUGCUGCUGUCAUCCAUUGGUUGAAUAUUAUGCAUGUAGUACAAUGGUUUUUUGAGUUAGUAACAAGUAUCUUAAAGGGUAUAGUUGAAUCAAAUAGUUUACAAGAAAAUAUAUAUGUACUGAAUGCCUUUAUAAAUAGGCAAAUUGUUCAUCGCUUGGUCUAUGAAAGUGAUGUUACUUCUCUAGAACAACUUAGAAUGACUAGGCACGCUUUCACAAAUUUAUGCAUGAUGCUUGAGAAUAUAGGUGGAUUACAACCAUCUAAAUAUUUGGCAAUAGAUGAACAAGUUGCAAUGUUUUUACACAUUAUAGCUCAUCAUUGCAAAAAUAGAGUUAUUAAAUUUAGAUUCAUGAGAUCGGGAGAGACAGUGAGUAGAUAUUUUUAUAAUGUUUUACAUGCUGUCAUACGCCUACACAAAGAAUUAUUAGUAAAACCCGAGCCGGUUCCUGAGAACUCCACAGAUGAAAGAUGGAAAUGGUUUAAGAAUUGUUUAGGAGCAUUAGAUGGAACCUAUAUUAGGGUGAGAGUUCCAAUAGAAGAUAGACCUAAAUAUCGUAAUCGAAAGGGUGAAAUUGCUACUAAUGUUUUGGGAGUUUGUUCACGAGACAUGCAAUUUAUAUAUGUUUUACCUGGGUGGGAAGGCUCAGCAGCUGAUGGUAGAGUACUCCGCGAUGCUUUACUUAGGAAUCAUGGUUUGCAUGUUCCAAAUGGUAAUUAUUAUCUUGUGGAUGCUGGUUAUACAAAUUGCAAGGGGUUUCUUGCUCCUUUUCGUGGACAAUGUUACCAUCUUAGUCAUUGGAAGGAGGGUCAUCAACCAAAGAAUCCAAAAGAAUUUUUUAAUAUGAAGCAUUCCGCGGCAAGAAAUGUGAUUGAAAGAUGCUUUGGUGUCUUAAAAAAUCGUUGGGCCAUCCUUAGAAGUCCUUCAUUUUACUCCAUAAAAACUCAAACUCGAAUUAUUAUGGCAUGUUGUCUAUUACAUAAUUUUAUUAGGAGAGAAAUGCCUAAUGAUCCUUUCAAUACAAUAUCGCAAGAGCCACAAUCAAAUGAUCAAGUAACUAUUGAGGAUGAUAGUAGUGGAAUAACUAGAAUAGAACCUUCUGAUGAAUGGAGUACUUGGAGAAUGAACUUAGCAGAGCAAAUGUAUAAUGAGUGGAGAAAUCGUAGGCAUGCAAAUUAG